AUGGAGAUGUGUGAGUUUAUGAGAAAUGUAGUUCAGCAGCAUGAAAAGGUGGUGCCUAUUUCAUUGUUUGUGGCAAUUCUCUGCCUGUGUUUACUCAUAGGUCACUUGCUUGAAGAGUAUCGUUGGGUCAAUGAAUCCAUCACUGCCAUCUUCAUUGGAUUUAUAGCUGAAACAGUGAUAUUGUUCUUGAGCAAAGGAAAAAGCUCUCACAUCCUAAGAUUCAGUGAAGAACUGUUCUUCAUGUAUCUCCUUCCGCCUAUCAUAUUCAAUGCAGGAUUUCAGGGGAAGAAGAAACAGUUCUUUCAGAACUUUAUAACCAUCAUGCUCUUUGGCGUAAUUGGGGUUUCUAUCUCAUCCUCAAUUGUUACAGUUGGCAGUUGGUGUCUGUUUCCCAAGUUAGGAUUUGUUGGUUUGACUGCACAAGACUAUCUCGCCGUAGGGACUGUGUUCUCGUCAACAGAUACCGUGUGUACAUUGCAGGUUCUCCAUCAAGAUGAAAUUCCCUUAUUAUACAGCCUAGUAUUUGGAGAAGGAGUAGUGAAUGAUGCAACAUCAGUUGUUCUCUUCAAUGCGAUUCAAGAAAUCGACAUUGCAAGAAUUAACAGCCGGAUGUCUCUCCAGUUGAUUGAAGAUUUCUUUUACCUGUUCUCAACGAGUACCGCUCUCGGAAUUACUUUUGGACUUGUAACAGCAUAUUUGCUUAAAACCUUUUACUUUGGGAGACAUUCAACUGUUCGUGAACUUGCUAUUAUGGUUUUAAUGGCCUAUCUGUCUUACAUGUUAGCUGAGCUGUUAGCCCUUAGUGGAAUUCUCACUGUUUUCUUCUGUGGAAUUCUGAUGUAACACUAUGAAUGGCAUAAUGUGACUGAAAGUUCAAGAAUCACAACCAGGCAUAUAUUUGCAAUGAUGUCAUUUGUUGCAGAAACCUUAUUUUUUCUCUAUGUAGGAAUGGAUGCUCUUGACAUGGAGAAGUAGAAGAUUAGUAGACUGAGUUUUGGGACUUUAAUGGCCAGCUUUGGCACCAUAGUUUUUGUAAUUUUGCUCGGAUGUGCUGCAUUUGUGUUCCCUCUCUCUGCAUUCUCCAAUUAUAUGAACAAGUGUCCUGAGAGACCACUGCCAUUAACUUUUAAACACCAGGUAAUUAUCUGGUGGGCUGGGCUGAUGAGGGGGGCAGUAUCUAUUGCUUUGGCUUUUAAACAGUUCACAUAUUCUGGUGUUACAUGGGAUCCAAUCGGCGCUGCAAUGCUAACCAACACCAUAAUCGUUGUCUUGUUCACUACGCUGGCAUUUGGCUUCCUAACAAAGCCCCCUAUAUACUACCUGAUUUCUCCACGUGCAAUUGACAAGACCGACAGCAACUUAGGAUCAAAAUCGCCAAAGGAGGACACGAUCCUCCCUUUGCUCUCCUUCGAAGCAUCUACGUCAACCAAUAUCCUUUGUGCAAGGGAUAGUUUGACAAUGUUAAUUGAAAGGCCUGGGUACACCGUGCAUUCCUACUGGAGAAAGGUUGAUGACAUCUACAUGAGGCCUAUAUUUGGUGGCCCUCUUAACAGCAGUCCACUGGCAUGUUAGAUAGCUGGCAUCAUGCUAAUUUCAUGAAAUUGUUUGUGCCAGUGGUAAGUCCAGUCUGAAAAAUUGGCCAGGCCUCACUUGACGACAGUAAGUUUGCCCCUUUCCUAAACCCUCUAUUAGGAUUUUAAUGUUCGUAGAGCAUGUAUGUAGUUCUGCAGCGUGAGAUAGCAGUAUGCUAGAGGGGUAGGAUGAGUCUGGUUUAGACUUUGUAGACUACCAUUUGUG